CAUCUUAAACCUUAACCAGGGCACACGCGCACGCCACUGCACUAUGAUCCGCCUGUUUAUGGCCUUCACUGAUUGUCAAGUGGUUAGAAAUAAUCCGUAAUCCAAUCAUACACUGCACUUAAAGACCACCCCCUCGCUGUGAUGCCACCCAAGUUUUGGUUUAUGAAAAGGAUUAGCUGGCACUGAUGACGAACAAAACGCACCAAUGAUUGGAUUGUCAGUCAAAAUCUAGCUCGUACAAACGGCAAAGUUAUACACUUGCCGCACAUAACGGUUUGUAUCAUCGUACAUAUGCAAUCGUUCUGCAUCAGGCCAAAGAGAAUUUGUAACGAGCGACAUGGGGAUACGCAUACAUUGAAGAAAAUUAUACACAUGGUACAAUUGCAAUGUCACUGGUGCAGAUAGAAUAUUUCGCGGCAAAACAAGUGUUAUAUACUGUCCAAUGCUGCCGCGAGAACGAUAGUGUCAUUAAAAAUUCUCGAUGUUGCGUAUUUUCAACUGCUUCCCAUUCAGGACCCUUAUAAACUGAUUAUCAACUCAAAUAUCGAAUUGUUAAAGAGCCGUUGAUAUUUAUACGUGCAUGGUGGCCCGGUCUGGCCGGCAGCACGCGGUUUAUAUAUUGGUUUAUACUGGGACCGGAAGAAAGUGCGAAAACGGAAUUUUAAAUAAUCAUUUUGUGGUCUGAUCUUGCAUUUUAAUUGGCUACUUACUUGACUGCUUCUAAUCGGUGGAGCUAACUCACUUGACGAUUCUUAUAGCUGUCCUGUGCUGCUGCAGCCGCCGCUAUCUGAUUAAUUAUUAUUCACUGGGCAUUCGGCGCGGUGUGCAUUGAUAAUAGCCGGAUUACUUGAUUGGGAUUUCCUUAUGUUAUGUUAAUGUCACCGUGCGCCAUGGCCUCGUCGGCCGGAUCCCCCGCGGGGGGAUAUAUUCCUGUCUCGCGCACUAACUACAACGUCCCAUCCGUAAUGUCUGAACUGAAAUAUUCUGACAUCAAAUAUCCGUCUUUUACAUCUCCGUCGCCGCAUUCCCAUCCGGGUAACAAUCUUAAUGGGCAUUCUUAUUCAAGUGUACCCUCUUGGAUUCCUAAUGCUGAUCCCAGUACAUUACAAUGGUCCAUGAAUGUUAGUGUUAGUGCGCCGGUUAACGGCAACGAUAUGUACUCCGGUCGGCAAUUGCAACCAUACUGGCCGACCAAUUUCUCCAACACAUCGCCUGUCAACGUUUCCCACACAACGACCAACAUGGGAAUGCCCGUGCAGUCCUGCUACAAUACGACACCGCUGUCGUCGGGCCAUCCGGGACAUGCAUCACCUUACAGUUUACCUCCCAGUCUGCAGCCGCAGAAUCAGCCACAAUCGCAGCCAAACGCACCCAUACAUCCGCAUCUACAGAAUUCCGCCUCGCCGCCGUCGUUAGGGCAUUAUGGGAAUUACAAUCCCGAACCCCCCCGAAUGUUUUCGGGUUCGCCUAAUUUGGGCAGCUGCCAGUUAAAUGAUGGAUCUCUGUCGUCAGGAGAAGAUCAGGAGCUCGUGGGUGACGCUCCGACAUCGGAAGAUCUGGAAGCCUUUGCUAAGCAGUUUAAACAGCGCCGGAUAAAAUUAGGAUACACCCAAGCAGAUGUCGGAUUAGCCUUGGGAACACUUUAUGGCAACGUCUUCAGUCAAACAACAAUCUGCCGAUUUGAGGCGCUGCAGCUUAGCCUGAAAAAUAUGUGCAAACUUCGGCCGUUAUUAGCCAAAUGGUUGGAGGAAGCCGAUAGCGCGACCGGCUCUCCGAGUUCAAUUGACAAGAUAGCCGCACAAGGACGAAAGAGGAAGAAGCGCACCAGUAUCGAAGUGACAGUUAAAGGAGCACUGGAAAAUCACUUCCAAAAACGACCUAAACCAACUGCACAAGAGAUAUCAAGCCUUGCUGACAGCCUCCAACUUGAAAAGGAAGUUGUACGGGUGUGGUUUUGUAAUCGCCGACAAAAGGAAAAACGACACCAUGAACACUCUCCGAUAAAUGAGCAUUCACCUUCUCCUGGAGCUGCGAACAGUCCCCAUCCCAAUUAAGCAACUGUAUUCAGAUGUGUGAGCUCUAAAUUUAGAUGGCUUGGUGACCUUACAAGAGUACAUUUUAUGGUGCCGUUGUUGAGCGGUCCCGUGGAUCCAGUCACUGUGACCUUUUGUUGCAUACCGAUGUGUCUCUCUGGUUUUCUGUCACACAAAUUUAAAUAUGAUAUUCUCUUUAUGAUGUAAUCAUUGAUGUUGUUGUCAGUAAAGUAUUUGCAAAAAGAUUUUUAAAUUCCUUGUCUUAACCGCGUACGUUUGUUAACAGCGUCAUAGUCAAUAAAUAUUUUAGGUUGUC